AUGCCAGCCCUAUCAGCACCGGGUUCAGUAACGGGAGAGGACAUCUUGUCGGAUGUCAUACUGGUUGUCUCCAUUUUAUCUGCCCUUGGAGCAGCAUGGAUGAUAAUGGGCUUUAUUGUUGGGCAUCUCUCGUGUGCGAAUGUUAAAUCCUUGAGGGAUAACUCACUGAUAUUUGGUUGGAUUUCAAGCUUAUCCCGUCAUUGCGAACAUUUCGACAUCAGCCUUGGUAUAAGCGAUUUUGUGAUGGCCCUGAACUUCAUGUUGUCGACAAGUAUGAACCUCUCUGGCAGAAAAAUUUGGUCAGAGUCUCUACAGGACUUCUGUAGUUUUAACGGCUUCAUGACGCAAGUCUUUGUGAUACAAACUGACUACUGGAUUCUGAACAUUGCGAUUUGCACCUAUAGCAUUCUCGCAGAACAUAAACGUUUUUUUGCAUGGUUACAGGACCAUCCUUUUGUUGUAGGUCUGUGGCCCUGGGUGUUAUCGAUUAUCUGGGCUGUACUUGGCCUGGUAUUGGCGGGUUACCAAAACAUUGGAGCUUGGUGCUGGUUUGCCAGCGAUCGCACACGGCUGCUCGUUAAUUUUGUUCCCAGAUGGAUUAUAAUAUUCGUGAUCAUCGCGUUGUACCUCCGCCUCAGCUACAACCUCCGCCAAAUCCGAAGACAGUUGGAAAGUUCAGAAGAAGACACAACUAUCAUAUUAUCAGGAUGUCGAAUUGACCAUCACAGUAAUUCCGAGCAGACCAUUGUGCAGUCGGGAUCAUGUGGCCAUGCGUCAAACUCGAAAACAGAAAUUGGUAAUGCCCUUCGUCAUAGGCGACAGUCUUCAAAAUUGAAGAAGGUUUCAAUAAGGAUGAUGAUGUAUCCAAUAGUUUACAUGCUGAUUUGGACCAUCCCUACUGCCAUUCGUAUCUAUCAAGGGACGACAGGAAAGUCGACUUCACUCGCUGUUAAUUGCAUAGACAAGUCAUGCAUUGCUAUUCAAGGAGUAGCAGAUGCUAUUAUCUAUGGUCUCAACGAGCGAACAUGGAAUGAGUGGAGGAAACAUAUUUUCCUGCAAGAGCGGAGGCUACGCUCAUAA